ACCGUAUUUGACGGAUCAAACCCCUCCCGUCCCUUCUCGAGUGAGUGAAAACAUUCCUGGGUUAGUAGAAAUGCCCCCGCUCGCGAGAAAAAUACUCGUAACAGCUGCGAUCGAUGGCCUCAUUCUAUCUCCUAUUCAGAGCUCCCGCAAUGUGCGGCCCCCACCGCUGCACGGCUCGGUGAGAAUCGAUUAUAAGUCUAAACUAAUAUUCUCUUACAAUCCGACCGAGGAGUCUCAGGCCGCGGAAGCUCUUAGCACUUUAUCCUCUUCUAUAGAGGCACAUGGAAUCGUAGCAGGGCUAUUGAAUGUAUCUCCCGCCAGCGCCUUCCUGAUUGCAGUAACAGAUCGUGAGCGAGUGGCUACUAUCCGGGGACGCUACCCGAUCUAUGUAGUAACUGAUGUUGCGCUGAUUCCUCUCUCUUCCCGAAAGGACUCGGAAGCUGCAAUAUUCAAGGCUCGAGCCUGGAAGUCUGGAGCAGGUGAGGUAGAGUCGGAUGAGGCGCCGGAUACCGACAUUGAAGAAGACGACGACACGGCUAUCGUUGAUGAUGAGCUUCAAGACCAAGUCAAUCCGGAUUCGAAAUCCGUGAAUCACAGAGGGCAGAGCUCUAUCGGCGAAGAUGUAAUCGGAAGGAGGGGAGCUUAUGGACGUUUUGCCGAGAACUGGUUCUCUAAGAGAGGGUGGACUGUAGACCGGAUAAGAGCUGAAGGUCUUAGCAGUGAUGAAGGCAUUCGAGAGGAAGAUCCUAAAGCCGCAACAGAGGACAUCGCAAGUGCCUCCGACGAAGAAAUCAAAGAUACCAAGAGACCCGAGAGUCAGCAGGUAGAGGAGGAUGCUGAGGCCAUGAAGGAGGAUGUAGCUCAUAGCCUCACUCCCAAGUUAUUGCGCACUACCAGAAUCCUGCUGGCAUCUUCAAGAAGCUUCUUCUUUAGCUACGACUGGGAUAUCACAAGGGCGUGGGGUAGGGACGAGGAAAACCAGAGCUCAAGCUUGCCCCUGCGCGAAUCUGUCGAUUCCCUGUUUUUCUGGAACCGUGCCCUGCAGAAACCGUUUAUUGAGUCUGGAAACGACACCUUUGUGCUUCCAAUAAUGCAGGGAUUUGUUGGGCAAUUUCAAUUCUCUGCAACAGUCCCAUCAGGUCCCGAAUUAUGGCCGCCUACCGAGCCCGGCGAACAGAAACCCACAGAAGUAUCACAUGAAGAUGGAAAGCAGAAUCUUCUUCUAACCCUUAUUUCCCGUCGUUCUAUUAAGCGUGCUGGCCUUCGUUACCUUCGCCGCGGGGUUGAUGACUGUGGUAACGUCGCAAACUGCGUAGAAACUGAGCAGAUCCUUUCCGACCCGGAUUGGAAUCGCGUUUUCUCCCAUGUGCAACUCAGGGGUUCUAUUCCUCUUUAUUUUCAGCAAUCUCCGUAUGCCUUGAGGCCUAAGCCAGUGCUACUUCGGAGUGAGGCUGCAAAUGCGGAAGCCUUCCAAUUGCACUUCAAAAACAUUAAGCAGAGAUAUGGCAGUAUACACGCGGUGAGCUUGGUCGAGAAGCGUGGCAAUGAAGCCAUCAUUGGGGGGAAAUUCCAAAGUUCAUUCGAAAACCUGCUUAAUGCUAACAAAGGAGUUGGGUUUAAUUGGUUCGAUUUCCACCGGGAAUGCCGAGGGAUGAGAUUCGAGAAUGUAAAACUUUUAUUCGACGAGAUCGGGGAAACAUUGGAUAAGUUUGAGUACACAGAGGAAAUACAAGAGGACGGAAAGUCAAAGAGAGUCAAGAGCCAGUCAGGCGUACUAAGAACGAACUGCAUGGAUUGUCUCGACAGAACUAACGUUGUGCAAUCCUUCUGUGCUCGCAACUCACUAGACAAGCAACUGAUAUCUCUCGGGGUAACCUCGAUGUCUGCUGAAGAAGAGAUGAAAGUAUCAGCAGGAUUUAAUAUACUAUGGGCCGAUAAUGGCGAUGCUAUAUCAAAGCAAUAUGCAUCAACAGCGGCACUCAAAGGCGACUUUACACGCACCCGUAAACGCAACUACCGCGGGGCGCUUACGGAUUUCGGAUUAACCCUCUCCCGCUUCUUCACAAAUGUGGUAUCCGACUUCUUCACCCAGGCAGCUAUCGAUUUCCUGCUUGGAAACGUCACAUCUAAGGUUUUUGAAGAAUUUGAGGAGGAAAUGAUCACUGCGGACCCAGCAGUAUCCGUGAAGAAGGUUCGCGAGAACGCAGUAGAGACCAGCGCCAAAAUCGUCGUGGAGGAUGAGAACGAGGUCGUACUCGGGGGCUGGACAUUCCUGACGCCCUCGGGCGAAGAUAGGGGACACAAACCUCCCCUUCGGGAGGCCGUGAUUCUAGUCACAGACCGAGCGCUCUACAGAUGCAGGUUUGAAUUCGGCAUCGAAAAAGUAAGAGAAUUUGAAAGGGUUGAAUUAGAAGACAUCAUCGGUGUUCAAUGGGGAACAUACAUCAUCUCAACCCUCACCCCCUCCAGCACCGACGGAAGGCGCAACAUCGGCUUCCUCCUAAAGUACCGCCCCCCACGCACCGGAGAACUCGUCCGGAUAAACACCCGCUCUCUGAGGAGCACCUUCGCAAAGCCCAUGGGAGAAUACCACGACCACGAUGACUCGGACACCCACUCGGAAGCUGCAGCGCCCUUCACCGCUGCCGCUGCCACCAUCUCUUCAUCCUCUGCGACUCGCAUAAUGGCAUUCAAGGCGCCCGCCAGCGGCGAGAGCGGCGAGGUGGAUCUUGUGAAGAGUGUCUGCCAGGAGAUUGCCAAUGCGUGCGCAAAGAAUAGACCUGCUGCUGCCAUGGAAGCGUUUGUGGAGAACAAGGACGUUAUUGGGUUGGCGGAGGCGAAGAAGAGCACGGGGCUGUUGGAGCAGUGGGGGUACAAUUUGAGGAAGUUGGUGUGGGCUUGA